ACCGCAAACCCUUACCCAUAUUUAGAAUUGACUUUACAAUGGAAUACUUGUUUGCUUGCCUCUCGUUACUUCUAUAGCGUGCACCUCAAGCAUAGAACAUUUCAAAGCACAUGUGAUGUGAUAAUCCUAUAAAUAUUCAGAGGCUCUUAAGGGUGUAAGAAUAUUAGAGGCAUAAGGCCUUGCAUCUCAUUGUUUAUUGAUAUUCACCAUGUCUCCUAGUUUUAGGACCUUAUGUUUGCUCCUGGUGGGGGUGAUCAUACCUGUGCUAGUAAAUGGUGCCCUAGAAGUUGGCUUUUAUAAUGAGACAUGUCCACAAGCUGAGCAACUGAUUUUCGAUGCUGUGUCUACGGCUGUAACUGCAAAUCCUGGCAUUGCUGCUGGAUUGAUAAGGAUGUAUUUCCACGACUGCUUUGUGAGAGGGUGCGACGGGUCCGUGCUGCUAGACUCGACCGCGGAUAACCAAGCCGAGAAGGAUUCACCUGUGAACAACCCGAGUCUUCGUGGUUUUGAAGUGAUCGACGAGGCCAAGGCUGCCAUCGAGACCGUGUGCCCCAACACAGUAUCAUGCGCCGACGUCCUAGCCUUUGCUGCAAGGGACAGCACCUCGCUCACAGGCGGCCUCAACUACACUCUCCCUGCAGGCAGGCGUGAUGGCAAUGUAUCGAUCGCAAAUGAAACCUUCUCAAACCUCCCCCCUCCAUCUUUCAAUGUCACUCAACUCGUCGACAAUUUCGCUAUAAAGAAUCUCACCUUGGAGGAGAUGGUCACUCUCUCUGGCGGCCACACCAUUGGCCGGUCUCAUUGCACCUCGUUCGUCAGCCGCUUAUAUAACUUUAGCUCAACCAGUCAAGUCGAUCCGACUCUGGACGCAGACUACGCCGCCACUCUGCAAAGUCUGUGCCCUUUCAAUGCUUCUACGAACAAUGAAACCACAGUUCCAAUGGAUGUGUUUACACCAGAUGAUUUGGAUGUGAAUUACUACGUUGGGGUGACCCAAAAUUUCGGGUUGUUCACUUCGGAUCAAACACUUUUGACCAACGAUUCGACAAGCGCUCUCGUCGAGGAGAAUAUAGGGAGCCCAGAUGUGUGGCAAGCGAGGUUUGCAGCGGCCAUGAUUAAGAUGGGGGACAUUGAGGUUCUCACUGGAACUGAUGGGGAGAUCAGGACUAAUUGCAGGGUUGUCAACAGUGCCUCAUCUGCUUCUCUUAUUGACACUUUCGGGUCUUCUUCUUCCUAUUCGAAGGUGGCAAGUAGCUGAAUGCACAAAAAAUUAUGUUAUGGAAAUGUGAAGGGGCAUUUUACUUGUCUUGAUGUCUGGUUAUUUCACUUCUCUUCUCCUCUUUAUCUAGCUGGUGUCGUAAUAAUGGAAAUAUCAUGUUAUUGAAUUACUUGUUUAUUUUCUCUGUU